AUGUCUUCCAACCCAAAUCCAAACCCAACUCCCGCCCAAGAGGAAUUCCAGGACCUGCUGAACAAGAACGCCGGCAGUGACAGUCCACGUGUACACCCUGAGGAUAGAGACUACGCUCGCGAGGCCGACCAGAGCGACGAAGACGAGGAAGACCGCUUCCGCAACGACCAGAUAGACGCCGCCAUGCGCAUGCCCAGCAUGAGGGGGCCCGUCGAGGGCGGCAACUACAAGCUGCCACCGGCCGCGUUCGACUCCGGCCGCGCCACCGGUGUCAAGGGAGUGAUUGCGGAUGCCAGAGCAUAUGAGGAGGCCCGCCAGACGAGAUGGCGCGACAGGGUCCGCGCCGCCAGACGAUCCGUCUUUGGCAUGGGCAACGUCGGCAACACGACCACCAUCACCAGCAAGGGCUCCCAGAGCGAGGGCAGUGAUGACGAGCUGGACGCCGACGAGGAGGCCUUCCUGCAACAAUGGCGCGAGGCGAGGCGGCAGGAGCUGGAGAAGGAGGCCCAAGGCGGCAUUCGAAACCGCAGGACCAGCCCGAGCCUGCGCAUGUUUGGCCGCAUGGACACGGUUGACGCUUUAGGCUAUCUUGAUGCCAUCGAGAAGGUCGGCAGGGAGACGGUAGUCGUCGUGUUUGUCUAUGACAACGAGUGCCAAGUAUCAGAGCUCAUCCACCAAGCGAUGCGGCCCUUGGUCGCGGAAUUUCCCUAUGUUCACUUCGUCAAAAUCCACUACGAGGACAUUGAGUUCGACGCCGCCGCGGUGCCCACCGUCCUGGCCUACAAGAACCAAGGAGACCUGUUUGCCAACCUGACUGGCAUUAUCGACAUGAUUCCCGAGGACGAUGACUUCGACACCGACUCCCUGAAGAGAAUCUUCCAGAAGCACAGCAUCAUCUAA